AUGGACCUGCCUGGAGCAGUUGUAGACGAGGAGGAACCAAAGCCGGAGUCCAUCAAAAGAAAAAAGUCGACUUCAUUAGCAGAAUCUAGAGGGUUAGGAUUAACGUCGCUUCCGACGGGAGCCAUCCGAAGACAGUCUCGGAGUUCCGACCCAAAAACCUCGCCCAAAGCAACAAAGGGCCCUCAGUACACAGUCCGUCUUUGGGAAUAUGGAUUGACCGGCUGGUUAGAGAAACAUCACUUUUGCGCUGGACUUGAAGUAGAUCUUAAAGUCGGUUUGAACUCCUGCGCAGAUGUGGUGCAUAGCACAGGGGAGGAGAUGCAAAAGGAUGUGCACCUGCCAUCGACCUCAUUGACGGCUCUCACCCAGCUGCAGGAAUCACUGAAGAGUCCAAGUGGGCUCCUCCUGGACAUUGCAGACUGUCGUGAUGUGCACUUCACGGAGCUUUUUUCAAGCAUGUUGUCAGAACUUGGAAGAGAUGUGCCUGGCAGCAUCGUCCAAGAGGCAGAGCUGCUUCUAAAUGAGCAUCCGUACGUGACGAAGGAGGGAGCCCCUUCCAAGGACGAUGCUGUAGGGGAGUCCAUGGACAUCUUCCUGUGCUGCACAGCGGGAAGUGGUCUGACACGCCCGGUCUUGGCAUUGGCGAGACUAAAGAUGGAGGGCGGCAUUCAUUUUCAAAUUGAUGAAGGGUGUGGUGAGAUGCGCUUUGCUGCGGUAGUGCUUUGUGACACCAAUUCUGAGAAAGGUGGGAGAUCACUGGCGCGAGCAUUGGCAACGACCUUCAUGGACGAGGACUUCUCCGGCAUCGCUCGGUCGGCUCCGCGGGACCAGCCGGAGACGAUCAGAGAGGCGCUCAAAGUCUACUUGGCCAAGCUGACCAUUGUGCCGACAGUCAAGCUGAAUAAGGCAGCAGCGGCAGCUGGCCCAAUGAGCCCCAAAGGUGCAAAAGGCAACUACACGCUGGAAAAUUCUCUUGUCUCUGGCAUUCAGCGCAGGAUGAGUUUGGUGACGCCGCAAGAGGCGUUUGACAUUUCCAAGGGAGACAUUGGAUUUGAGAGGCAGCACUCGAAUGAAUCUGAAAACGGCGAGAUGCCGGCAACUACAUACCACAUCGAAGUUGAUCGGUUUUCGAAUCAUGAAGCUGGCUGGCAAAUGGAGAAGUGCCUGAGACAAGGCCUAGAGGUGGACUUUGCUUUGAAGGAGCAGGUGCCACAUCUUCCGCACGUCUCCUGUCUUGGCCUGGAGGAAAUCAAAAGGCUGGCAGUACCGCAAAAUGUGGCCAUUGAUGUUGAGGGCGCAGGAGUUGUGGACGCCACAAUGGACUGCUUGAGGGCAUCCGGCCUACCGCAGGAAGCUUCUGAAGAGGUUGGCAAAGCAUUGAAAUUGAGAUUGGAGAAGGGGGUCGACUAUUUGGAGGACGCCAAGCUGGGUUCUGAGCUGGUAAAUCCUAAUGAGGGAGAUGAGGCUGCCCUUGUCUUGGUGAUAUCCAGCAACGCGAUCAGGGAGUCCUGCCCGAUCUCAGGAGCUUUUGUGCGCUCCAAGGUGGGUUUGCCUUUGCGCUCUGAUCAUCCACCUGCACGCUUCAUCAUCACCUUGGUUGGUCACAAGAAUGGACCCACGAACUUGACGGAGGUCGGCGACAGUGUGGCAGCUUUGUCCGUAGAUGAGGAGCUCAUAGCAAAGAUGGCAAAAGCCGUGACGAAGGAUGAAUUUGUUUCGGCAUUUGAGAGUCGUCUGGGUGACAUCACUCUGUUGCCUCACGCGCACAUGCAUGCGAAACGGAAUGCACAAGAUGACAUGCUUCUCUCUCCGAAGGGUGCAUCUCCAAAGACCAGAAGGCUUUCUCACGUGAAUACGGGGAAUGCGCCCAUCCAGACUAUAUCCAGUGCUUCCCUGGGAGUCAUUGGGACCAAGAGCUAUGUCAACAAGGACGGCCACAUUGUCACAAAUGUGAAGAGCGACAUUGGCUUUGACCAUAUGCACAACCACGGUCCAGCAGAUGAUUUAAGAUCCAACGUAGCUAUUGGCGUCCGACGAACAUGGAGAGCGGUGGCAUGGGCGCAGAAGUACGCUCUGCCAUUGGUCAUCGGAGUUUUCAUCGCGAUGGUUUGGAUGAACAUCGAUGAGCAUAGCUACCACAAGGUGACACAUGACCCCAUCGUGGAAGGGUGGGAGAUCUUUGGCCACGGCGUGAGCAUGCACUUCUUGGUGAACGAUAUCUUCAUGUGCUUUUUCUUCGGUCUCGCCAUCAAGGAGGUAACGGAGGCGUUGCUUCCGGGCGGCUCUUUGAGCCCCAUCCGACGGGCAACGAAUCCGCUGAUGGCGACGCUGGGAGGUGUCGUAGGUCCAGUGGCAACCUAUGUGAUUUUCACAGUGAUUUUCUAUGAGACUGGCCUUUUCGACGGCAUCCUCUGUGAGGUGGAUACAGGAGGGGGUGAGGACCAUCGGCGGCUAGCGGGUAAUUCGACCUACAACGACACUCACGCGACUCACGAGGAGGCGUACAGAGACUGUGGCCUCGCAGAUUUCAUUAACGGUUGGGGAGUUCCCACUGCCACUGACAUUUCCUUGGCAUGGAUGUUCGCCAUCCUGGUCUUCGGUGCCGGACAUCCUGCCAUUAACUACCUCCUGCUGCUAGCCAUUGCGGACGAUGCACUGGGGAUGGCCAUCAUUGCGAUAGCGUAUCCUGAUCCUAUCCAUCCAGUGGAACCGGUUUGGUUUACCCUGGUGCUUGCUGGAACCAUUGUAGCGGCCCUCCUAAGAUUUGUUGGAGUGAAGUACUGGAGUCCCUACGUGUUUGUAGCUGGUCCAAUCUCUUGGCUUGGCCUCAUCAAAGCGCAGGUGCAUCCAGCCUUGGCGUUAGUUUGCAUUGUGCCGUUUAUGCCAGCGACCCAUGAACACGGGAAGCACGACCAUGACGAUGAGCUCCAUGCGAAGUCGGAGGUUCGUUUGAUUGGUAGCUUCAUUCCAAGAGCCAAAAGUGAAAUUCUUCAAAGAGCGGCCCAAGAGUUCUUGGCGCGGAGGGGUGCCCCACUGCAUGCCUUCGAGCAUCACUGCAAGCUUCUCGUUGAUUUUGGCAUGUUCUUCUUCGGUGUAGCAAAUGCGGGUGUGAAAGUGGAUGGCAUGGGAACUCUAACCGGUGCCACCACCAUAGCCCUCAUCUUGGGGAAGACCCUUGGCAUCGUCUUCUUUGCCAUGGUGGCACAUGCUUUGGGUUUCCUCUUGCCCGUAGGUUUGACGGUGGUGGACCUUUUUGCGAUGUCAUCCUUGGGUGGAGUUGGCCUGACUGUUGCCCUCUUCGUCUCAAAUGAGGCAUUUACAGAUAAAGGCCUACAAAGUCAAGCCAAGAUGGGCGCUGUGUUCUCUGUGGCAUCUGCACUGCUGGCAUUUUCCAUUAAGGCAGUAGGCGACAAAAUUUUCCAUCCACCACAGGCUGAAGCAGAAGAAACUGAGGUGGAGCUCUUUAGCGACGAAGAAGUGGAGGCUGAAGAGUGGCUCGAUGUCGUUGCCAUGAACGACAUCAUGCAGGUGCUAUGGACACAGCGCAAAUACCAGGCGAAAUGGAAAGCUGAACAAAGCACGAUUCAGUCAUAUUUAUGA